AUAUCCGGAUCGGAGCAUUUGUAUUACGUCCAUGCAUAAAUGCUGGUCGAAGAAACAUUUCUGAUUAACUUGAAAAGGUCGAACAGCUAGCACGCAGUGAAACUUGUCACUGGCUUCAUUUCAGAUGUCUAUGUAUUUACUCUUAUUGAUGUUGCAUCAUGGGAGAUAAUUCUGCUGGGGAUUUUGGAUCAUCUUACUAUCGAUCUCUAGAUCCUGUUAAAAACCUCAAGAUCAGAGUGCAUUUGAAGAGAGUAACAGGAGCAAGCCUGGUACCUAAGGCCAUAGCACCAGGAGGUAAUAAGAAUGAAGAUGGAGCAGAAGGCCAAGAAGGGAUACCCUUGAAGACUCUAAGCAAGAAAACCAGUGCUGCUGGAGGAGAAGGGAGCACAUCAAAAGAAGAAAAGCCAAACACAUCAAAUGAGGAGGUUUAUGUAUUCAGCUGGCAGGAGAAAGUGUUCAGCCGACGGGAGGUGCAGCUAUACUCCAAUGAGGCAUCUUGCGAGGGUCCGCUUGAGCAAAAAUACUUCAAUGAAAUUAAGGAACAGAAGGCCAAAGGAGGCAGAAUAACCAAGCGUCUUUUUACCUAUACUGAUUAUGAUAGCUUCACCCAUAGGGAAGAGGAAAGUCUUGCAACCACCUCGCCGAAUGAGGAAGCUUCAUUUCUGGCAGAGAAGAUGAGAAAUGUACGGAGAAGAAAGAAGAUUGAGAGAAAAAAGAGAGAUAUACAAGGUGAUCCAAUGCUGAUGCAAAGGAGGACUAAUUUAGUGGUUGAAAGCCCUUCAGAGGAACAGAAAAAGAGUUCUCAUGUCAUUGAUACACCUAUAAACACCAUGUAUAUCAUAGCUGACCUUGGUGUCAUGGAUAGUGAACCCAAAGAAGAAGAUGAAUGCACUUUGUGUACCAUCAAGGUAUCUAUGGGUGGAGUAAUCACGGUAUCCCCUGACUUCACUCAUCAUCGAGAGCCUUACACCAUUGUGACUGACACAGGAGGGAGGGAUACAUUCCAGUACAGUUUGACAUUAGCAUCUACUGCUAUGAGUUCUAAGGAACAAGCCAAGGAGAAUAAGAUGUACCAUGAACUCCUCCAGAGACAUACAGACAUCAUCACAGCUUACGUAGGCCAAGACUUUGAGCAGGUGCCACCAAGUACAUUGAGGCUGUGUAUACUUGGUGAGAUAGUAUCGGCCAAGAACUUUGAGUAUGAUGGACUCUAUGUACAUUACUUUGUGGAAUUACCUAGACACUGGGAAGCUAAUAGAGCUCAGAUGUUAUCUGGAGUAACACAAACCUGUUAUACAAAGGAGAUUGAUAGAGAAUACACAUCCUACUUUAGCCAUCCAUUUGAUAUGGAAGUAUACUACCAGAUGAAAGAUUUUACAGAGGAGGACCAAGAUACUCUUCCUAAGUGGCCUCAACUCUUCCUAGAGGUCCUAUCACUAGAUUCCUGGCAGAGGUAUAGGACUGAAGGCUAUGGGUGCAUCACUCUACCCCCUAAUCCUGGCACCUACUCAUUUGAUGUGAACAUGUGGCGACCAUUGGGAAGGAGCUCGUACGAUGAAAUGAGGCGGUUUUUCAUUGGUGGAUCCCCGGAGCUUGAAGACUCAAGCUAUGUGUCGGUACCGCUCACUCACGACGGGAAGGUGCUUAGUAGGUUUGGACUCAUGACUGAGACAACAGGGAGUGUGACAGUCAAACUGAAUCUCAUGCAACAGAGCAGGGCUUUCAUGGACCAGACAUCAAAACGGAAGAAUGUUGGAACGUUGAUAGACAAAUUAGGUGGAAUGACAAUGCAGGCAUCAGUGGCAAGUGUCAUGGAUUUGUUCCAGAAAGCAAGGAGGAGAAUGCAGAAUGCUAAGGAUACAUUAACAAAAAUAUGAAACUUUGUUGAUAAUGGAACAGUUGAAAUCAUCUGAAGGAAUAAUGUUUGAGUGGACAUGAACAAAAAUAUAACCCAGUGUGAAAUGGCCUAGAAGAGCAUAUUUCUUCCCUUUGGACAAGAUGGAUCCUUUCAGAAGAUGGUUGAAGAAGGGAUCAUGUUCAAGAGGAAAAUUGAUAAUUCAUUAGACAUGUAAGUUAAAAUGAGCAUUUUUAGAAUGACUCUGAGAUGAUAUUGAUUUAAGCAGGCAGCUUAAUGGUAAAUACCCGAAUAGCUAUGCACACUACAUAUGCCUUCAUGAAAACUACCAUGUACAUUUAAUGGUUUGGUCUGAGUACUGUAUCUGUCAUGGAAGCUGGAGGCCAUUGCUCCUAUCCCAUAUUUAGUUUUCAUUGUAACCUGUGAAAGGCAUUACAGUUGGGUUUAUUUGUAAGUCUGCCCUGUAUUUGUUCUUGUGCCAGUAAGGCAAGUUAACUACACAUACUAUUUGUGAAGUGUCCCUUCAAUUAAUUUUCUAAUCAAAAUAGGUUGUGAACUUGUUUCUUAGUUGAAUGCUAGGGAAACCAAGCAGCUGGCUGUAUUGUGUGUAAUAUGAAUGGAGUAAAGAUGCUGGCUCAUCUUGUUUAAAUACAACACCACAGGUUAUUUAUUACUCUAAAAUAACCCUAACACUCUGGGGGGCAUUAUGACCCCUUCGACAUUUUUUUUAUUUUGAAAAAAAAAUAUUGAGGGAUGGUGAGAUUUAUUUCAGAGCGUAUUAGUAAUACUAACUGAAAUAUACAGAAAGCAGAAUGUGCAAUGUGAUCUGGGGCCCGUAACACAAAGCUUAGCAAUGAUCGUAGAACAUUUUUCUACGAUUGAUUCCAUUGAAUACAGUGUACAGUCAAUCGUAAAAAUAAAGCGUACGAUUAAUUGCUAACUUUUGUGUUACGGGACCCUGAUUAGCUAACUGCCCGUAAGGAAAUGUACUCAUAUCAUUUGUAUUACUAGUACUGAUUCAUCUAAUUGAUAUUAAAAGGCUGCUGGGUAAAGUACCACCAAAUUUUAAUUUUUUCUUUUAAAAUUAAUUAUUCUAUCUUAAUUUCAAUUAUGAAAUCAGUUGUGCAAUACAUUUUUUUUGUGUAAUUAAAAUAAAUAGGAAUAUGCCGUGUUCAGAAGUAUUUGAUAUUGCAUAUUAAUUGAUCAUUACCUGCAUCAUAUUGCAAUUGGAAUAUGUAGUAAUUAUUCUGGCAAUACGACCAAGAUCUGUGAUUUCACAAUUGUACAACUUCCCAUUUUCUCUUUCAUCUUCAAUCUGUCACAAGGUCAGUUGUGCUUUUUUAAUUAGAGGACAUAUAGUACAGGUUUCUAUUCAUCAUGGAUAAAUUAUUUGUCCUUUCAUUAGAAUGAGCAAAAAAGAGAAGUUUUGUGUCCAAAGAGGAGAGUUAUACAAAUGUUACAUCAUAGAUCUUGUUUACUUUACCACUGGGAGGAAUAUUGUUCUCAAUAUUUAAAUGUUCAUAACUCUCUUCUUAUCUGUCCCAAUUUACUUAAACUUUUAUUGAUCUUAUUUGAUUUUCGGCGUUAAUUGGCAUCAUACCUAUAAGAACUACUUUCAUCAUCAUCACCAUCACCACCAUCAUCAUCACCACCACCACCAUUAUCAUCACCACCACCACCACCAUUAUCAUCAUCAUCACCACCACCACCACCAUCACAAUCGUCACCACCAUCAUCACCACCACCACCACAAUCGUCACCACCAUCACAAUCACCACCACCACCACAAUCGUCACCACCAUCACAAUCGUCACCACCAUCACAAUUACCACCACCACCACCAUCAUCACCACCAUUACUACCAAUCAAUUGAAUUAAAUCCAUCCAAAACAUAUAUAUCACCUUGAAUUCAGACUAAUCUUUGUGCCAAAAGUUUAUUGUAUUCCAUGACAAGUAUCAUCAUUUAUGGACUUGUAUUCAUUUUUAAGACAAGUUUUAAUCAUCUUAGUGUACCGUAGAGGCUAACCCUUUAAACAGCUUUACGCAUUAAAGGUUAAUCAUUGGAAUUUACAGAGAAUCAUUCUUCAUGACUAUAAAGAGCCUAACAAAUGCAAAAGAACCCUCAUAGGUCAGGAUAAUUAAUUGACAACAACAGUUCUCAAGACUCCUUGGGUGUAUUUGCACAUACUCUGUUCACACUUUGUUUACAUGGCUCUGUUCUUUCCUAUGUUCCAGACACAAUAUUGAUGGAAAGAUUCUCUCGGCCCCUGUGCCUUUUUUGUAAGCUUCUAAAUGAUGAACAUUUGGAAGGAUCAAUGACUGCACAAAAAGUGCGUGUUGCAAGCAAUUUAACUUGGGAAAGAAAAUGCUUGAUGCAUUGACAUUAAACCCUAACUGUACUGCUCUGUUCUCACACUUAAUAAUUACAGUACCUUCAUUUUAUAAAUGCAAAUUGUAAAAUUUUGUAAAUAAAUUUUAUUUAAAGUUACCGAAAGAGAAA